AUGUCGCACCAGCAAAAGACGAGCCGUCGGACGGGCCAGAAUUGCUCAGGCUACCGCGAUGCAUCGAGCCUAAUCUUCCGCGACGAGACGACUCGUGUCAUCGACCGCGCUCGCACUCGCAAGACACGACGUGCGAAUUUACCCUCUAGCCAAAGGACAUCUCCCACACCAUCUCCCGCCUCCUUCGAGCUGUCGUUGGUCGGGUUGCGGCCCCCGGCUUCAUUGUCUCAUGACUUCGCGACCAGGUCCACACAAUACGAUUACGGUAAGGACAACGACAACGACAAUGGCAAUGACCCGAACAUCCUAGAAAUCUCAAACCGAGAGGAUGAUGCUAAAUAUAAACAGGACAAGAAACAGAGAGCAGCACACAAAUGCAAAGGUGUCGCAGACGAUCUCCUGGAUAGCAUCAUGGAAGACAAUAGCCCACUUGGGCCAGAGGACAUGAGCAUGUUGUGGGAGCCAGGUCAACUGAUGCCCGUAUCAUUUUUGUCGUCCGUCCAAUCCGCGACGCCAGGCCUCGAUUUUGACCAUCGGUCUCUGUCGAUGCCGGUAUCUCCUAUAAUGCCAUCUCAUAGUCUCGACGAGCUGGGGAUAAACUACUUCAUGGCCAACUACGUCAUAAAAGACUCCGGACUGUGCCCUGGCGUCUUCAACUAUGCCAGCAACAUCCUCGCCGGUCCGUUCGGAGACGCAGAGCUGGCACGCGUAGCCAUCCGGGCAGUAGGCCUCGCCGGGCUAGCCAGCACCACAGGCACCGAUAGCCUCAUGCGCAAGGCGCGCCUCAGCUACACCGAAGCUAUCGAGAGGGUCAAUGUGGCGUUGGUGGAUUCCAAUAUGGCCAGGAAUGACAGCACCAUCUUCGCUGUAAUGGUCCUGGGACUCUUUGAGAGCAUCACAUGCUCGGGCGAAGAAUCCCUUCAAGCAUGGAAGUGCCACAUAAACGGCGCCGCUAGCCUACUGAUGCUUCGCGGCAUGUCCCAGUUCCGUACAAUGCAGGGUCUACAGAUCUUCGGCGAGGCCAUCUCCCACGUACUCACACUAUGCUCGCGAUAUGACCAACCUGUUCCACCGCGCCUGCGCUAUUUGCGUGUCGAGAUGGAGCGUAAUGUCAUCAAUGGCAAGAGUCCAUCUUGGAUACUAAGUACUGCGCACAUCGAGGUUAUGAAUUUGUACAACCAAGUGCAGCCAGAACAGGAGACACCUUGUCUGGCCGGGGAGUGGGAGACGCUGCUCUCUCACGCCGCCGAGCUCAGUCAGCGAGUCGAGAAUCUCUUCGCUGAGUUGCCUAUCGGCUGGCGUUCCAAGACUGUCAGUGACCCUACGGCAAAUCCACGCCUUGUCUUCCAAGGUAAAUAUCAUAUCUACUACAACACGUGGAUAGCCAAAGUGUGGGAUGGGAUGCGUGCAUGCCGCAUUAUCUUGAACCACGUUAUCUAUUGCCUACUGCUACGCGAGGGACUUGCAUGGACACCACACGAAUUCUCAGACGGCGGUGCUUACACGAGCCUGCUACAGAGGACCUCGGACACGACGACAGAGAUGCGCGACGGUAUCCUCGCGUCGGUGCCUCAGAUGCUUGGCUUUAUCCAACACGAGGCCACAACUGGCGCCUCGUAUAUAGACUGUAGCAGUGGCGCUGACCCAACACGCUUGGUCCCAGCCUCGGGCGCGUAUUUUGUCGUCUGGUACUUGUACCUUGCCGGGAGCCUCCCGAUCAACACGCCAGAGAUACGUGGAUGGAUCACGGACCGCCUGCGUGCCAUCCGCUCUACGACCGGCAUUCAGAAAGCAGCCUAUCUGGCCGACUUGGUAGAGAACGAUGCUGGCCGUCUUACUGCCAUGCUGCCGACGAGCGACUGUUUGCUUCCCGCCUUUUAA